UAGGCAACCAUGUAUGAGAAUAAUAUAUGGGUUUGAGUUAUUAAUAUUAUUCUCAUGCGACCAUUAGUAUAACUAUCCUUUGACUUGAAGUCAUUACAUUCUUUGAGGAGGGUAUUGGGAUGCUGGCUUCAAAGGUAGGGAAGCCCCUGAGAACUGACUUGGUUACAAAACAGCUGGGCAAGAGUGGGUUUUGCAGAGUCCUUGUUGAGGUUGACUUCUCCAAAGAGCCUGUGACUUCCUUUGAAGAGGACCCCAAAUACUGUUUUCACUGUAAAACAUGGAACCAUGGCCCUUUUCAUUGCAGAUCCCUGGAGUUGAAGAAGAACCUGGAAGCUAAUGUUGCCCAGAAGGGGAAGGAUACACCUUCUUCUAGGAAGGAAUGGGUUGCUAGUGGUAGUAGAUUAGGAGCCUAUUCUGAGCCCAUAGGUGGCCUUAUUCCAUCUUCUUCAAACAAACCUAAUGAACAUGCCAAGGAACCACUCAUUGGGACUGGUGUUCUGAACAAUGGACCUAAUUAUAAGAAACAGGUAGGGGAUACUGAUUUGGGACUGAAGAAAAAGAAAACUGCUGAUGGUAACAUGGUUGGGAAGAGACAGGAAGGCAAGAAAGUCAGGUGUCUAACAACUCAGAAGGAAUUUUGCUUAACAUUCAUCUAUGGUCUGUACACUGUCACUAUUAGGAGAGCACUUUGGGAUAAACUCUUCUCUUUUGCUGAUAAUAUGACUAAGCCAUGGGCUCUGCUGGGGGACUUCAACUGUGUUCUGGCAUCCAAUGAGAGGGUUAACUGUAUGAGUCAGGGAGCUUACUAUUUGACUGAUUUGCAGAAUUUUAAAUCCUUUAAUUGCCUUGAGGAUGUACCUUCUAAAGGCUUGUUCUAUACUUGGCAUAAAGGGAAUAAGCUGGCCAAACUUGAUAGAGUUUUUAUCAACCAAGAAUGGGCUGAUAUUGGCUGGGCUCCUACCUGUGAUUUUAUGGACUUUAAUCACCUAUCUGAUCAUAGUCCUAUGCUGCUAUAUUGUGGUAGUCCACCUGUUGGAAGGAGCAAGCCAUUCAAAUUCUUCAACAUGUGGAUUAAGCAUGAGGAUUUUCAAGGGUUGGUUACCCAAUCAUGGGGGACCAGGGUCAAUGGGUCUAAACAAUUCUCUUUAUGUUCUAAACUGAAGAGGCUUAAACCACCCUUGAAGACCCUUAACAAAAAUGCUUUUGGUCAUAUUUCUAGAAGAGCUAUGGAAGCUAAAGAAGAAUACAGACUUAUUAUGAAGGAGGUCAUGGCAGACCCUAACAAUCAAGCUUUGGUAGAUGAUGCUGAGACUAAGAGGAAAAGAGCUAAUUUCCUUUUAGAUGCAGAGUUGGAAUUCUAUCAGCAAAAGGCUAAGUGUGAUUUUCUUAUGAAAUCUGACAGAGGUACUAGCUACUUUCAUUCCCUGGUCAAAAAAAAUAGGAAGAAACAUGUGAUCCCGUUUUUGAUUAAGGAUGAUGGAACUAAAACUACCUCAAGCAAUGAGGUUGUUGGGUGUUUUCUUGAGUUUUAUCAGAAUCUGUUUGGUACCACACCUCAAGUAGGGCCUAUUGUUGAUGAGGUCUUGGCAGCCGGAGCCACUGUCCCUGAAUCUGCCCAUUCCAGAUUACUUGCUAUGGUUACUUUGGAGGAGGUCAAGGAUGUGGUUUUUGACAUUGAUUAUGCUAUCAGGAGAUCCACUCCCAGCUGUAUGAUUAAAUUGGAUAUCACAAAAGCAUAUGACACUGUAUCUUGGAGAUUCCUCGAGGAUGUCAUGCUAGCUUUGGGAUUCCCUUCCAGAUUCGUUGCUCUUGUUAUGGAAUGUGUUACCUCUGCCUCUUCUUCCAUUAUGGUUAAUGGAGAUUCUCAUGGAUUCUUCAAGAGCAAGCGUGGGCUGAGACAGGGGGACCCUAUGGCACCAACUCUCUUCCUUUUCUGUAUUGAAUACUUUUCGAGAUUACUCAACAUCAAAACCAAAGAGGGAACUUUUAACUAUCACAAGGAUUGUGCUAACUUGGGAAUCACACACUUGGCCUUUGCUGAUGAUCUUAUGCUUUUUUCUAGGGGAGACCUCCCCUCUGUGCAAGUGCUUAUGGACUGUUUGGAGCAUUUCUCAAGUGUAUCAGGUUUGGUCCUUAGCCCUACCAAAUCUAAUAUCUUUCUUGCUGGGAAAUACAGGGAUACUAGCCAUGACAUUCUAGGUUUGGUUUCAUUCCCUCGUGGCCAACUCCCAGUGAGAUACUUGGGUUUGCCUUUGGCUUCACAUAGGAUCUCUGAAGCAGAUUAUGCACCUCUGUUCAAAACUGUGGAAGGAUUCCUCUCUAAGUGGAAGACUAUGAAGAUAUCAUAUGCAGGAAAGUUGGAAUUGAUUAGAGCUGUCAUCCAGGGAGUCCAAUCUUUUUGGCUCCAGGCUUUCCCUGUCCAGAAAUAUGUUCGUGAUCGCAUCACAUCCCACUGCCGUGACUUCCUUUGGGGGAGCAAAUUCGCCAAAGUGGCUUGGUCUGAUAUUUGUAAACCCAAAAUAGAGGGGGGUCUGGGGCUUAAAGAUGCUGGUAAUUGGAAUGAUGCCUUAUUAUGCAAGCAUCUUUGGAAUCUGGCAGCCAAGAAGGAUUCACUUUGGGUGAGAUGGGUGCACUCUGUUUAUAUUAAAGAUGCUGAUUUUUGGCAGUGGCAACCCAAAAAGAGACAUUCUGUAUUCUUUAAAAGGUUAGCCUAUGUGCGAGAGCUUUUGGUUCAAAAGCUUGGUGACCAUAAUUCCUCUAUGGAAGUGGCUUUGCAACCUUACUGUCUGGGGAGUAACCUUGUUCCAAGUAAGGUUUAUGACUUGCUUAGGGUAAAGGCCAACCCCAAGCCUUGGAUGGCUUUCAUUUGGCACUCAACUGUUCCUCCUAAAUGUUCAUUUACAAUGUGGCUUGCAUUUAGGAGGAGGUUACCCACCAAAACUAACUUGGAAUUUUUGGGAAUUCCAUUGGAUUGCACACUUUGUGGUCAAGCACAGGAGGAUGUGGACCAUCUGUUCUUUGGGUGCAACGUCUCACAGCAGGUUUGGGGGACUAUUAAACAUUGGUUACGCAUUGAUGGGCAUUUGAGUACUUUGGACAGGGCUGUGAGAUGGAUGAAGUCUUUCCGAAGAGGGGAUGCUAUUAUGAAGAAGACGAGGAAGAUUGCUCUAGCUUGCACGGUGUUCCAUAUCUGGAAGCAAAGGAAUGCCACCCACUUUGACCAAGAACCUCUUUGCAUUGAGGCUAUCAUUUGUAAAAUCAAAGUGAUGCUUGUGGUUAAUUACGAGAUGCAUGAACUCGAUAAACCACUACCAGAACUUUUGAAGAUGCUGCAAACUGCUAAAGAGAGCUUGACGAAAGGAAAGGGGAAUUCUGUCCUUCUGGUUCAAGGAGGAAAAGGCAAGAAGAAGUUCAAGAAAGCAAAGAAGAAUGGACCUAAAGGCAAGAGUAACACCGAACCAAAGUCAAAUUCUUCUAAGCUCAAGCCUAAAGGUGGAGUGGCCAAAGAUUCCAUUUGUCAUCAUUGUGGUGAAGUUGGCCACUAGAAGAGGAAUUGCAAGCAGUAUUUGGCAACCAAGAAAAAGGGCGAAGCUUCUGCUUCAGGUACAAUUGUUGUAAAGACUUAAACUAAUCUUCAAUCUCUUCAAAAGUAUUCGAUACUUAUAGUAUUGCAAACCGUUGCAGGAACUGAAGAGAAGUAGUAGGAAUGUUGAUCUUAAAGAUGCAAGGGUUGCAGCUUUGUGGCGCAUUAGUUUAAGUUUUA